AUGUCUACUAAGCCUACUGAAAGUGGUGGGAAGAAGACAUUGAAUAAGAAUCAAAAACUCAGGAAAAAAAGAGUCAGAAAUGCAAGAUCAAUCAGAGCAGAGGCAAUAAUCGCAUCAAAAUCAAAUACGUCUAAUGAAUUAACAGAAACCGGUGGCAUUCUGAAAGUGGAUCAGUUUAUAAACUCCCGUCAUUAUGAAAUCAACCAACUGCAAAUAGCGAUGCAUAGGUCGAAACGCUCGAGUUCCACUAGAGUUUUCCAAGCUUUGCCUCGUAAAUUGCGUCGUAGAACUGCUUCACAUAACAUACGUAGGAUCCCAAAAAGAAUGAGAAAUAGGGCAAUUCGUGAAAUGACAAAAAGUGCUCAACAAAAUCCCAUUUCACCUGGCCUCAAAGGGAGGAAGCUUCACGGUCUUUCGUCAUCUGCUUUGUAUAAAGCUAGGAUGCAAGUAAAAUUGCUGCGUCUUGCCGCUAAGUCAAAUUCACUAAAGCUUCAAUUACCAGAGGGUGCUACUGAAGCCAAGGUAAACUUAAGACAGAGGAUAAAAUUACUGAACAACGCUAUUAAAAGUUCUAAAAGGACUACCAUACUUAAGAUGAAUAAUAGGAUGGGCAGUUAUGAUAAUACUGGUAUAAAUGAAAUGGCACCGAUCCCAAGAGGGCGCAUCAAGUAUUACAAAAGACAACGGGUGUUCAGUUGGCUUCCUACUCACAUUUGGAACGCCAAGAGGUCCCAUAUGAUGAAGCGUUGGGGAUUCCAAAUUCCUUGGUCAGCCACCCAAAAAUGUUUCAAAUUGUCUCAUAGAUUAGGUAACAGCACCGCAGCAUCUGAUGGCGCCCUAUGCAUUGAUUCAAGUUUUGUGGGCACCAUGAUUCUUAGGGACAAUGACUCAACUGGUGCUUUCCUCAAGGACUUAAUUUCCAAGAUAACAAAUGGUCGUGCCAUUUUGAAAAAAUAUUACUCUUCCAAAUGUUUUUUCGAGGGAUUAUUAUAUGAUUUAAAUUCUCAUGAAGUUGUUCUAGGACCUUUUGAUUUGUUAUGGAUUAAUGAUGUAACAGUAUUAUUAAGAUUGCACCCUUCCUUGUAUAGUGAUUUAUUCAAUUCACUCUUACAAUUCAAGGAUAAUAUAUCCAUUCAGGACUGCCGAUUCUCUCUUGCUAGUAUUACCCUGAAGGGAUCUAAGUCAUCCUCUGCACUCGCUAGCAUAUUAAGGAGUGUUGGACCAUCAAAAUCCUUCGAACAGCUAAAGCUUAUAUCUAGACUAACGGACCCUUCUGUCUUACCCUCUAAAACGAUGUUCGCCUUCAACGCUAUCGAUCCUCGCCAUUUGGCCAAUCCAAAGAAAAUAACUAAGCCCAAUAAGGACUUGAGUGUUGAACAGAUAAUGUCCCUACAAACUGAGUUUCCUGCUACAGAAUUUUCAAGUGUAUUGCAGAGGUUAGUUGAUCCUACUGAAAGAGAAAAUUCCUACAAAAACCAACAAACACUAAAGGGGCUAGCACGUAGACGUAGGAACCUGUUACUUUCCGACGCUGCUAACGAGCAUACGUCAACUAUUCCACAUGAUUCUAUAAAUGAUCCAUCUAUCCCAAUUGUUAUAAUAAGAAGACAAAAAUCUAUGGAUUGGGUUGUUGUAAUGCCUUGGUUUUGGAUGCUACCUUUCUGGUACCAAUUAAAUCGUAUUCCAAGGAUCUUUAAUGUUGGAUUAAGACAAGUACAGCAGUUGAACUAUGAACAGCGUCAGUUAUAUUUCCCGGAUGACUAUCCAUUUACUAGCACGGGCUACAUGGAAAAUAACCUCUACAAAAGGAGCUCACUAAAGGCUAAAUGGGACAAGAAACCACGAGCUAGAAGAUUAAAUUUCGAAAAAAUUAAAGAUAUUCACUCUGUUACGCUGCCCUCCUUCACUGGUGAAAUUGGUGACUACUUUAGUUGUGAUUGGAAAUUACUGCAAAUUUUAAGAAAUGGAAUUGAAUUUUUGACAAAAAAUGGCGAAGAAGUAAAUAUGAUAGAAUCAAAUAAAACAACCCAGUUUGAUGACCAUAAAAAUAGAAUUGUUACUGUAUUGAACGAUCUUUUUGAGUUAUAUAAAGAUGAAAUUUCAGCAGAUAAAGUAGAUGAUGUUGUACCAGUAAAAUUUGCUACUGCAUUAUCGGAACCAGUGGCCAACAAGGUAUCUACUUUACUAGACAUUUCAACCCAAGCACUAGCUAUAGUACCAAUAACAUGUGAAGUAAGUGGUAGAGGACAUCCUAGGGAUAAUGCCAGAAUAUAUCAAAUCCCGUCGGAGCAUAAAAUAUUCUGGCACAAUGUGGUGAAGGGUGUUUAUCGUUCUGAUGGUAGAAUUGACCAUAAUCAGACUAUUCCAUUACCAAAGCCACAUCAUCUUAUUGGUUUUAUUACUAGCGGUACUUUCCAUCUAUCUGAAGGUAGAGGUGUUGGGAACGGGUUCAUCGACCAGAAAUUCGCUCAAGAACAAAAGGACAAAUAUAUUCUAAUAAGAAAUGUCGGUACGAAUGUAUAUAGAGUUGCACAUUGGGAUUAUAUACAUGUAUAA